AUGGCGAGGAAGAAGGUCCAGCUCCAAUGGAUAAUGAAUGACACAGCGAGGAGGACGACUUAUAAGAAAAGAAUGAAGGGUCUGAUGAAGAAGGUGAAGGAACUGAGUAUCCUAUGUGGGAUUGAGGCGUGCGCCAUCGUCCACAGUCCCUAUGAUCCGCAGCCGGAAGUUUGGCCGCCUCCAAUGGAGACAGUACGGAUGAUUUGGGAGUUCAAGUGCAGGCCAGAGAACGACCAGACCAAGAAGAGGUUAAACCAAGAAAACUAUAUGAGGCAGAGGGUGGUCAAAGCUAAGGACCAGCUGGAAAAACAGCAGAAGAAGAACAGGAGAAUAGAGAUGGAAAACCUCAUGUACCAGUGCCAGGCUGGGGAGAAGGGGUUGCAGGAUAUGAGCAUCAAAGAUUCUAGCGAUUUGAUGUGGUUCAUUGAUGAUCGGUUGAAGGCAGUGGGCCACAAGAUGGAGUACUUCCAUCAUCAGGCACCCCAACCAGGCGGUGCUGCUGCUCAGGCUGCAGUUCCCGUGGCCCAAAAGACACCUCUAGAGGUGGCUCUUGAGUUACUUGAGAAUGAAAUGCUAAUGGACGUAGCUCCCAGGCCUACGGACAGUUUGGUCACUGUGGGGUACCCAAGAGGCCAAGAUAUGAUGCAUCCUGGUCCUUACGGUCAUUAUGAGGACCCCAGUUUCUGGGGCCCUCCCUUCUUCACUUGA